GAAUAAAAAUGAAUUUGGGUUUAUCCCGCCCCCUUGUCUAAAGACUGCGGGUGAGAAAAAAAAAAGAUAUCCACCUCGAAGUUCUUGAACGAGAGGGCCAGUAAAUCCGUAUAAAUUUGAAUGGUGAUAUUAUCUAGUAUAAGUUGCUAAAGAAUCACCAGAAUUCGUUAAAAACACUAUAAAUUGAUAAUUAUGUCAGGAAAUAUUGUUAAUAGACCUAGGCCUGGUAAAUACAUUGAUAUUAUUUUAGACGAGGUUUAUAAUAAAUCUGUGCCUAAACCCAUCAAUCUUCGUCCUGGAUACGAUAUUGAAUAUAUUAGGAACCGUUAUGGUUUCCUUUAUCCUGGUCAAUUCGAAAAGAUGGUUGAGGUUGAAAGAAUAUAUGAUAAUUUAUCUAUUAUUAGUUCGUAUGAAACUCCACAGCAAUGGGCUAUUCGUGUAAAAGACACUUUGCAAGCAUUGAUUACUGAAGGCCAUAGAAGCUAUUAUCAUGUAUUCUGCCUUUUCGGAUCAUCUGGGCAGGGAGUAACCAAGACAUACUAUAAUGGCUAUGAAGGGAGAGAAGUUGCCAUUGGUUAUCACAGACCUAAUAUUCACAAUUGCAAGAUGGCUAUUUGCUUCGAUUGUUGGAAAUUAGUAGAGAUCACUGAUGUAAAACCAAAAAAGACAUAUUUCAGUGGAUGGCGGAGAUAUGGGUAUGAGAUUAAGCCUGAAGACUUGAUGAAACACCACUGGGAUAACUCAUGUUUCAAGACUAAUAAACAUAUAGAAGCGAUCCUAAAGAGACCAGCCCAUCUUCUCACAAGCUCAAAGUCAGAAAUAUUACGUGAAAAAUCUUCUGACAGGAGGGGGGUAUUAUAUCCUGGAAAAAAUACACCUGAUUCCCUCCCGCAGUUUGAUAGAACAAGUGGAAGCGAAAUAUUUAUUUCAUCUAUAUACGCAAAACAAAAUAACUUAAACCAUCUUAAUCAACCAAAAGGUACUGUAUUAAGAUUGAGAGAUGGGACAGUAAUCACGAUCGUUUAACUGAUUCAACUGAAGAUUAAUAUCAUUUAGCCAAACAUAUGUUAUACUUUAUUUUUUGCACUAUAUAAUCUGCAUACAUGAUCGCCUAGUAUAAUUGUGAAAU